UCUGCCUGCCCUGAUUCAUCCCACAUGCUGCUCCUGGAGCCAGUGGCAUCCAGAGCAGCUCCUCAGCUUCCCACCUUCCUUGGGCAGCCUCCUGCUGAGCCCGUCUGACCCUUCAGGCUCAGUAAUCCUUACCCACAGCCAGGGGUGCUUCUUCCCAUGGGGUGUUUUCCCCUGAAUUUUUGGCAGCUCUCCCUGUGGCUGUGGCGCCCAGGAAAGGGUUACAGCUCUCCAGCUCUGAACAUUUCAGUUUGCUUUGUUCAGUGCAAUGCAUAUUUCAUACGCUCAGCUUCCCAGCUGGCAGAGGCCUGGAAACCCUGCAAGCUGUCGGGUAUUGUCUCUCUCCUUCUCCACUUGUUUGUUUGUUGGGUUUUUUGGGUUGUCAUUUUUGUUGGAUUUCUCUUUCUUUUUUUUUCCUUUUUCAUCUUUCCCAAAUUGCUCUCUCUCACCAAAGCCCAGCCCUAGUGCUGACAAUGGGGGGCUAUCAAUAGCUAAAUGGCUUCACAGCUGCAGCCGAGGCAGGGCUGCAGCCAGGGCUUUUAUGGCGAGCAAUUUCCCGUGCGAGGCUGCGAGGGAGUGUGGGGACGGAUGGCUGGCAGGAGCUGGCAGCAGGAGGACGCUGUGCCACGGGCUUCCCCCCCUUCCCAAGGCUGUAAUUAUCUCGUUUAUCCAUAUGCAAGCUGUCGUUCUGGACGGGAAGCGGCUCGGCUGUGGCCGUCCCUCCCGAAAGCCACCAGCAUCUCUGUCCCCUCCUCCCCGUGCCCCCCGUGUCUGUGCCAUCUGCUCACAGCUUGCUGCUGCUUGCCAGCGCCUCGGCAGGGCUGGGGGCAGCUGCCUCUGUCACCCGUGGUUGUGGCUGCAGCUCUGGGCUGUUGAUGUCCCUGUGGAGGGGACCAGGGGUGGCUUCACCUCGCUCGUGUUCAUCCCAGAGCUCUCCAGAGCCCGUGGGGUGGUGCCCACUGAGCUGCCAGGGUUGUCUUGGAGGACUGGGCACCCUGUGGGUCUGGGUGCUUGGGUAUCCCUGUGGGAUGCUCCUCACCCAUCCAGGUGUCCCAGGACAGCUGGUGAGGCUGUGGCUGGCUCUUCUGCAGAGGCCAGAGAUGGGCAUGUGCCCGCUGUGCCUGGCAUUGCUGAGAAUGGCCAGGUGUGGACAGGAUGUGAUCACCUGGCUGGGCACUCCUGUCUCUGGCUGUCCCAGAGGAACAACAGAGCACUGGAUUGUUCCUUUCCCAUCCCAUUCAGACCUCAGCCCAGACCUGUUCAUUCCCUGUCCUCAGUCUCCUGCACUUCCAGAGCAGCUCUCCUCCAGUUUUUCACUGGUUUUCUUGUCCAGAGCAGCUCUCCUCCAGUUUUUCACUGGUUUUCUUGUCCCUGCUCCAUCCCAUCCUCAUGUGUUGGUACCUGGAUGGUGAACUUCACCUCCAGCAUCCCCAUUCCACCUCCCACGAGGAGCUUUCCCUCAGCUUUGGUCUCUUCCAUCAGGCAGUGUGGGGAAUGUGUUGUUGAAGGCAGCCUGGAUUAGAUCUGCAGCUUUUCUUCUCUCUGCAACCCCAGCCCUCAGGAUUUCUGGCACAAUCCACCUUUGAUAAAAACACUCUGCAUUUAUUCCCAUUUUCCAUUUGCCUCAGCUCCUUCCAAAGCCCUCUCAGUGCUGGACACUGCACUUGUGUGUGUUCCAGUUAUCUCUUUCUUUUUUUUUUUUUUGCCAUAUUUCUCUCAUCUCCUCAGGAUCCUGUUUUGUGUCCUGACCAAGUAAUUCAAGAGUCUCCACUUUGUUGCCCAGGCUGCUUUUGUUCCUGUAUAAACAUUUUAGCUGCUUCUCAUUGAUCACAUGCUGUUCCUUACUCAACUCAGGCAUUGAUUCCAUUCUCAGAUGUAUUUAUAUCUCCUUCCUUCUUUCUGUCUGCCCUCUGGUUUGGUUGUUUUUUGUUGUUUUGUUUUUUUUUAAUUUGUGGCCAUAGCUUUUUUAUUUCUUCCUGGCAGUAAAAGUAGAGACAGAGGUUGCAGUAGCAUCAUGUCCCCUUGUUUCUCAGCUGAAAACUCUUCUCAUCACAGGGACAGCCUCGAUUCCAGGAGAAUAUUUCCUUGCACAUGGAAGUUGAACCAUCUGUCAAGAGGAGCCCUCUUUCCACAAGAGUUUCCUUUGAGCUCACCUUUGUCACAGCACCCUCAGAAUCUCUUUGCUGUUGUUUUGUUCUCCCAUAGCAUCCCAGACUGGUUUGGUUGGAAGGAUGAACCUUGUCUCCUUCCACUAGAAUAUUCCUGUUUGUAGCUGAGGGAAGGUUUGGGGUGUUUGUGGAAGAGCCCUGCCCGUGGUGGGGAGGUGCUGGAGCCGAGGCUGAAGGAGCAGGAGCUGUCUCAGUCCCAGGGUUCUUGCAGCCAGGGAGCAGGGAUGGCUCAGCACAGGGAGCAGUUAGAGCAGUGUUUGUGCAGUCACAGCUCAUCACAGCCCCCAAAGUGCAUUUUAGGGGAGGCUGAAGGACACCAAACCAAAGGUGGGCCACUGAUGGAGCCCUUGCCUGGUCCUCUGCCUGCCCCGAGCCCAGAAUCAGCUGAGGGCACAUGGGGAGCCUUCCCCCAAGGAGGAGAGCAGGGGCAGUGGGAAGAUGUGCUGACAUCUCACCUCAUUUGUUAUCCCAGGGAGCCUGCAACCGACAGGGAUGGGAACAGCAGCGUGCAGAGCUGCUGGCAGCUCUGCAACAGGGUUGCACAUUUAAUUUAUGGUGUUAAUAUAGAUCAAGAAAUUCUGUGUCCAUGGAACAACUGUGGGGAGGGCUGACCUUUCCCAGACUUGGCUUGUUUUCUGUCCUGCUUUUGGGAUCAUCUGGAGCUGAUCAGGCUGGUAACCUAAAAAAAUCAGUAUUGCCUAAAAAUAUAGACAAUCACUUUUGUUUUCAGUGGAGCAACAUUUGCUGUAAGUAGAGGGUUGGGUUGUUUGAAAAUAAGUUUCAGUGUUCCAGCUCCACUGUGCAGCAGCCUUGCUUUUAAAUUUAUAACUCUCCAAAAUGAAAAGUAAAUGGAUUGUGUUAUUCCCAGCCCUUUUAUAAAAGUUAACAUUGCAAAAACAGAUGUGAAAUGUGGCCUCGCAGAUUACAGCCUGAGCUUGGGGUUUUUAGGUUGGGGUUUUAUUUUUUCCUUACUCUCUCUGUGCUGUGUCCCUGAGGAGCAGAAAUCUGCCUUUUUCCAGCAGGAGGAAAAUUGUUCUGUGUCUAAAUUGCCUCCUGCCAGGCUUGUGUGGAUGCUGCAGGACACGGAGCUCCAAGGAACGAUAAUGCCUUUACAAAACCAGGCAACCUAGCAGGGAAUUUUUAAUUAGGAAUGUGCAGGGAGGUUCAGAUUGCCUGGGAAUUUGGUAAUGCUCUAACACACCUCCCAGUCCUAGGACAUCCAUCCAUUCCAGUGUGGCCCUGGGAGAUGGUGAUUGAAGGCACUGGCAAGCAGGUUAUUAUCUCCAGCUUCCUUCAGGAGGCAGAGAAGGACACGCAGCCCUGAGCCUUCCCUAAUUCCAUCAGAGUCCAUCAGAAGCUCUGUGCUGCAGCUCCCGGCGGGGCAGAGACCGCAGGAAACAAACGGCCACUUUGAACAAACCCCAGGGCCCAGAGCCAGGCAGGGAUUCCCAGCUCUUUACAAACCACCCUCCUAAUAAAGAGGUAAAAUGGGAACGGGGAGAGGGGAAAUAUGCAUUUUCUAAUCACCCAGAUUUAGGCCUUCAAAGGAUUUAUUACAACCUUUUAUUUCCAUGCGUGGAAAAUGGAAUCUUAUCUCGUGAGCCGGCUGGUCCAGCUCGACUGGCUUUAGAGCAGGGAGCUCUCUAACAACCUUCAGGGCCACGCUGUGCCUGGGUGUUAAACUUGCUGGAAUGCAUUAAAAUGUGGCCCUGGGAGAGGGGGAGGUCCGUGCACUCAGCAAUGUGAUGCCUCCAGCAGCUGCUCGUGCCACCGAGCCGUGCGGGAACAACAGGAGCAAGGAUUGGAGCGAGGAAGGAAACAACCACCCCAGCUGUGUGCUGCCAUCCCUGCUCCCAGAGCUGGACCUGGGACUGCACAGGGGCUGGAGGAGAUCAGUGCCAUGAAGCUUGAGUUUGAAUUGCUGCAUGGGGGUGGCGUGUGCCCCUGUGCCAGGCUGGGGAGCAGUGCUGGUGACACUCGGCUGCAGCAAGCAAAAUCCUGUUAAGAUAACGUCACGGCCUCUCUGUUUUACUGUGUGCAAGGCAGCCAUAACAUCAUUAAAUUACACAACAGGGAGGUGCCUGCUGCCAAGGGGCUCUGCUCGAGAUAAGAUGUGGGUUGAGCUGCUGCCAAAAUUUGAGUUGAUAUGACAGGAAGUUUGGAGCGGGUUCAAGGCUUGAUUCACACCAGACAUGGCACUGUGCAGGUAAAUCAGGGCAGGGUUGAGCCCUGGGGCUGUGCAGGUACCUGGCACCAUGGAAUCCUGGGCAGGAUGGGGCUGGAGGGGUUUGUAGCAGACAGAUUUACAGCUCUUCUUGUGUUCAGGGCUGACAGGAAGAAGCCAGAGCCUGGCAGGGUGUGCAGGUGAAGUUCAGGAAAUUGUUUGCAGGUUCUUUGCUCUGCCAUCCCCUCCCCAGCCUGUUUGGGGAGUGGGAAGGAGCCUGAACACCAGGACAUUGCUCAGGGAAGCUGCUUGUUUUGUGAUGCCACAGCUGGAAGAGCAGGAAAAGGAGUGAGAAGAAAGAGCUGCAUCAUAAAACUCCACACAGCCUGUAAGAGCCCUGAAAUGAGCCUUGUUGGUCCCUCUGUGUCACCCACCAUUGGUGGUCCCUGCCACUCUUGUCCAUGGAGUCUUUGUGCCUCUUGUGCCCUUCAUGCCCACUGUGCCCUUUUUUGUGCCUCUUUGUGCUCUUUUUUGGAUCCUUUGUGCCCUUUGCUGCUGCAGGUGUGGAGUUUUGCUCCAGGCCCUCCAGACCUCAGGUUUCUCUCAUGGAUUGUCUGGAUUUCAGCUCCAUCUUUCAGAUCUGUGGGGAGAACUCAGCCAGCACCAUCCCCACCUUGCCAUCACUCAGCAAAAUUCCUCAUUGGCAUUAAGGAUUUUUCUUUCCUGCAGCAUCUUCCAGGCAGGGAAUUGAUCCCCAACCAGGGCUCUGGAAGCCUGGGCUGUGUGUGCAGAGAUCCCCUUGUCACCCCAUCCUCCAGGACGGGACAUCAGGAAGGAAAUACUUCAGAAUGAUGCCUUGGAAGCAGUUUUCUAAGCGUUUUCCAUUAGGGAAGCUCUGUUUCCCUCAGAGGCUGCAGAGAGCCUGCCCUGCCCUGGGACUGCCUGGCACUCCAGCUCUGCUAUUACAGCUUUCCCUGGUGGCUCUGUUUCUGGCACUGCUGAAUUUUGGGGUCCCAGACGGAUCCUGGCCACUGCAGCAGCUCAAGUACAAAGUGGCUGGGAAAGUGGCUUGGAAUUGCUGUUCCUGAGCUGUUCUGCAUGGAGCAGUGUGUCCAGGCACAUCCCACAGCACCCUUCCAUCCCAGCAGUGCCUUUGCACACCUUGGCUGUGCUUUUCAACUGACAGAAUGGGUUUAGAUGGGAUAUUGGGAAGGAAUUCCUGGCUGUGAGGGUGGGGAGGCGCUGGCACAGGGUGCCCAGAGGCUCCCCCUGGAUCCCUGGAAGGGCUCAGAAAGGACCAUCCCAUUCCCAAGAGCAUUUCCUGCAUGUCUGCAUGUGUGACCUCUCUCCCAGCAGCUGCAAGUUCCAGGGUGGCAAUCCUUG